GAUCGCAAUUCUACUUCCCCUCUCUGGUCAUGGUGUUUUCACCACCCCCUUCUUUGAGCCAACCUCUUCUUCUUCUUUAACGUCAAUGUCCUCUUCUGGGUCAUCAGCCAUUUCCAAUCCAGCCACUGGAUUUGUAUUGGACUGUGAUCCUGGUUUUGCUGGCUCAUUAUUAUGCAACGCACCCUCUGGCGCAGUACAACUCGUGGAGAUCCAUGAUAGUGAUACUGCUGACAUGGGAGUUUGUCUCGCAUUGUAUGCGGUUCACGUGGUCGAUAAGCCCUUGAACAUUUCGGAUUUUGUUGCUGCUGCAGUCUGUUUGUGUGGCAUUGUCAUUGCAUACUUUGCUGAUACCCAACUGCAUGAUUUUGUUGCUAGAAACCAGAAGCUAAACGAGCUUGGAAAGCCUCUAGCGGCUAAUCUUGAGAGGGGGUUGUGGCAGUACUCACGUCAUCCAAACUACUUUGGAGAGCAACUGUGGUGGUGGGGACUGGUUUUAUUCGCAUGGAACCUUGGACAUGGUUGGACCUUCAUUGGAUCACUGAUCAACAGUAUGUGCUUAGUUUAUGUCACUGUGCUUGUGGAGGAGAGGAUGUUGAAGCAGGACUACAGAGCUGAAGCAUGUAAACUUUAUCAGAAGACAACUUCAGCGUGGAUUCCUUGGUUCAAGUCGUCUGCAAUAGCAGUAAAAAAUAAGAGCACUUGAUCCCAUGUACUCUGUUUUCCUCUGUGGAAAAGUUACAGUUUAUCCGGCAUCAUCCUCUGUUUUCCUCUCUAGAUGGUGGAUGUAUCCAAAUCUUUUUCAUGUACUCUGAAGUUUAUUUUGAAAGACUUAUGGUUGUUGUCCAUGCAAGGUGAGAUGAGUGAUUCAGUGUAAGAAAUUGUGUAAAUUCUU